AUGACUUCCAAAUCCACCGUGAAGAGCCAAAGCAGCAGCCGCCGUGUCUUCAGUGCCGGCUCAGCCAGAGUCCCUGGGGUCAGCCGCUCUGGCUUCAGCAGCGUGCCCGUGUCCCGCUCCAGGGGCAGUGGUGGGCUCGCUGGAGUGGGUGGAGGAGCUGGCUUUGGCAGCCGCAGCCUCUAUGGCGUGGGGGGCUCCAAGAGGAUCUCCCUCGGAGCGGGCAGCUGUGCCCUCGGUGGCGGAUAUGGCGGCAGAGCUGGAGGCGGCUAUGGCGUUGGAGGUGGAGCUGGGAGUGGAUUGGGUUUUGGCAGUGGAGCUGGUGGUGGUUUUGGGCUCGGUGGUGGAGUUGGCUUUGGUAUUGGCUACUGGGGCCCUGGCAUACCCGUCUGUCCCCCUGGAGGCAUCCAAGAGGUCACCAUCAACCAGAGUCUCCUGACUCCCCUCAACCUGCAAAUCGACCCCACCAUCCAGCAGGUCAGGACUGAGGAGCGGGAGGAGAUUAAGACCCUCAACGACAAGUUUGCCUCCUUCGUCGACAAGGUGCGGUUCCUGGAGCAGCAGAACAAGGUCCUGGAGACCAAGUGGAGCCUCUUGCAGGAGCAUAAAGACACCAGGGCCAACCUUGAGCCCAUGUUUGAAGCCUACAUCAACAACCUGAGGCAGCAGCUGGACAGCCUGGGGGGAGAGCGCUCGAGGCAGGAGAUGGAGCUGAAAAGCAUGCAGGACGCGGUGGAGGACUUCAAGAGCAAGAACGAAGAAGAAAUCAACAGGCGCAGGGCGGCGGAGAAUGAGCCUGUGGUGCUCAAGAAGAAUGUGGACGCCACCUACAUGAACAAGGUGGAGCUGGAGGCCAAAGUGGAAGCCUUAAUGGACCAGAUCAACUUCCUGAGGGUUUUCUACGCCACGAUCAGCCUGCUGCAGUCUCAGAUCUCAGAGACCUCCAUCACUGUGAAGAUGGACAAGAGCCAGGAGCUGGAGGCAGAUGACAUCGUUGCCCAGAUCGAGGCCCAGUACAACGAAAUCGCCAGCCGCAGCAAAGCCCAAGCAGAGGCCUGGUAUGAGGAGCUGCGGCUGACAGCCGGGACCCACUGUGACAACCUCCGCAACUGCAAGAACGAGAUUCUGGAAAUAAACAAGCUGAUCCAGUGGUUGCAGCAAGACAUUGAGAACGUCAAAGCCCAGUGCAAACUGGAGGGUGCCAUAGCCGAGGCGGAGCAGCAGGGCGAGGCGGCCCUUAAUGAUGCCCGCUGCAAGCUGGCCGGGCUGGAGGAGGCCCUGCAGAAGGCCAAGCAGGACAUGGCCUGCCUGCUCAAGGAGUUCCAGGAGGUGAUGAACUCCAAGCUGGGCCUGGACAUCGAGAUCGCCACCUACAGGCGCCUGCUGGAGGGCGAGGAGCACAGGUAA